AUGGAAAACAAGGAGCUGUGUCUCGUGUGUCAAGACUUCUCAAGUGGAUAUCAUUAUGGAAUUCCGUCAUGUAAUGGAUGCAAAACCUUCUUCCGUCGAACAGUUAUGAAAAAACAGAAAUUCGUUUGUCAAUUCGAUCAAAACUGUCCUGUUGACAAGAGUAUCCGCUGUGCUUGCCGAUUUUGUCGAUUCGAGAAAUGUCUCAAAGUGGGAAUGGAUAGAUCUGCCCUUCAAGCAUCAAGAGAUCCAAUUGGUUACACGAAGAGAAAUAAAAAACCAGAACGUCAACUGACAACGGAAAUAAAUAGUGAUGAAUCGAGUAGUGGAAGUCCAGAAAGACAAAUCUCACCGGUCAGAACUUUCGAAAACACUUUGAAUCUGCUUUCUGUCAAGGAGAAGUCAGCAAACGAACUUCGACUUUCUUCAUAUCUUCCAAAAAGAAGUUUGAAACAAGCUCUUUGUUCAAAAUCUCUUCUGAAUGAUCCGAUUUUUAUGAGCAAACAUGCCACCGUAAGUCCCCGGCACACUUGUGAAAAUUUGAGAUUUAUAACCCAGGAUGACUAUCAUUAUUGGCACGAAAGAGACUGGUUUGUGCUAACGGAAUAUGCAAAAACGUUCAGUACUUUCAAAAAGAUGUCCUAUCAUGACAAGGCAGAAUUGGUUCGCCACGCUGCCAUUGUCAUACCGGUUCUGAAUCAAGUUUACACCUCUCCAGACCAUGGACUCGAUACCGUAGUAUUUCCAGAUGGUACCUACUACGAUAGAACCCAUGAACCUACAAGGCCUGCUGGUCUUAAUCGGAAGAAGUAUCAAGUGUUGGAUCUGGUAUUGAAACCGUUCCGGGAGAUGGAAAUAAACUUUAAUGAAUUCGCCGCAUUUAAAGCUAUUACUUUCUUGAAUCCAGAUGCGGAUGUGUCACUUGAAGCCAAACAUGAAAUCAACACUGAACGAGUGGAAAUAACCAAACAACUUUAUGCUUAUAUGCUUCAAAAAGAUGGACUUGAGAAAGCAAUUUACAGGUUUGGUCGUCUGAUUUUGAUGGGAACAACAAUGUCAAAAAUGGCAUGUGAAUCGAAAGAAGCCGUUUGGAUUGCUGACUUUUUCGAGAAUAUCGGAUUCACGUCGUUUGCGAAAGAACUCUUCUUUGGUGACAGUUGA